AUGAUGGAUGGGAGCCUGGCUGGGCUGAGGAGCGGAAAGGAGGUGAUGGCGGAGGCAGAAGAGAAAAGAGCCAAGGACGAGGCCAGGGCUGAGGAGCGGCAAGGAGGUGAUGGCAGAGGCAGAAGAGAAAAGAGCCAAGGACGAGGCCAGGUGAGACUGUGGGAGAAAUUGGGGGGGUUGAGGGAAGAGGGCACUGGGGGAAGGCGGGAAUUUCUGGUGGGGCGGGAGAAGAGACUCAAGGAUGAGGCAAGGCAGGGGAGCGGGAGAGAGGUGAUGAAGGAGGCAGAGGAGAAGAGAGCCAAGGACGAGGCCAGGUUCGCCCAGCUGGAUCCGUCCGUCAGUGGCAGAGGGGCGCAGACAGUGUACCGUGACAAAGCAGGUGCGUGUGGGAGGGCAGUUAAGGGGGAGGUUGUGGCGGAUUGCGUGUGCGUGGCAGGCAAGCGAGUGAGCAAUCUGGAGGCCAUCAUGGCGGAGGAGAAGGCCAAGAAGAGCCGCGUGCUGCCGCCACCCGAGUGGGGCAAGGGUCUGGUGCAGAAGAGGGAGGCGGAGAGGCAGCAGGCUGACCUGGAUGCCGUGGCUGCACGCCCCUUCGCUGCCUACGAUUCGUCAGAACAACCUACUUCGUUUCUGGCGCAUCCUCCUCGUUGGUCCUCACUGCUCUCCCCGUCUGUUCUCCUUCCUAUCCGUUGCAACGGGUGCGAGGCCAUCGGCAAGUGCAUCGCCUCAUUUUCUCUUCCCUCCCAACUCCUGCCACUCUGUACUCUGUGUUCCCCCCAUGUUCCCCAUGUUCCCCAUGUUCCCCGUGUCCCCUCGCCCCCCUGUCCUCGUGUUCCCGUGACUCCCUGCAAGAACGACGAGGAGCGUGAUCGCAUGCUCAAGAAUGUCGUGCGCUUCGGCGACCCCAUGGCACAUCUCGUCAAGGUGCGUGUUGGGGUGAGGUAA